AGAAUUUUGAAUUAUUAGUAAAGUCAAUAGAAAAUUUUUAUAUUCAUAAUUAUAUACUAGAUAGAGCGCAACAUCAAGAUGAACAAAAAAAUAAAGUAUAUGACUAUUGAUGAAUUUAUGAAUACUAUGAAACGUAGAGGCACAGCAGAUCUUACUAAUAUAUAGCAUGAUCUUUUAUCACCUCUAUGCUUCAAGUAGAAAAUGAUAAAAUUAGAAGAGUAUUAUGAUAAGUAGAGAUAAAUUUAACAGAAGGUUUAGCAAUAAAAGAAAAGCAAUUAAAUAAACUACUAGCAUUAUUACAUGCAUUAAGGGGCAAGACACUCAAGAUCAAAAAUUAAUGUUGGUAGCUCUAAUAAUAUUUCUAUUAUAAGUGAAAAAUAAAUUUAAGUUUCGAAUGAUGCUAAAUAAGCAUAAAAUUAGUAAACUUAGCAAUAUAGAUUCCCUAGAUCUAAUUUUAACUCAGAAAAUAAUUUAAACUCCUAACAAGAUUUAAUGGAUUAGAAUUAAAUUUAGCAUGAAAUAGUUAAUUAAAUUCAUCACUUAUAUGGCAAGUAGAGGUUGUUUAGCCCACCAUAAUAGAAGAGAGAUUUGGAUAACUUACAAGACUAUUUUAAGAAAAGUAGAAAUUACUAAAAUAUGAAUUAAGUUAUCAGGUAAAAUAGUUGCGAGUGCAAUAAUUGUGGAGGUCGUUGUCAUAAAAUAUAAUCAAUGAAAGGCAUAAUUCCCUAAUUCAUACCUAGACAGGUUAUUAGAAAUUCUCUUAAAAUAAAAUGGAAAAAGGCAUCAAAAACUUUGAGGAAGCUUUGCUUUUUUUUUAAAUUAGCAGCAGGAGGUCAUACAAGACCUAAAUAAGUUAGAGUUAUUAGGUAAAAAGCGAAUACAGUAGUUAAUAAUUCAACAGUAUAGUAGGCUAUCAGUAUAAUGUCUGUUUAGGUUAAUUAUAAUUCUUAGUCAAAUGAAUAAGUUAGACAAAUACUAUAAAACGAUCCUAACUUUCCACCCUUCUUAAACUUGAAAGGCAGCCAUGAUUAAAGCAUUCAGCUCAAUAAUAUUGGCUUAGAAAAUAAACAACCUAGCUAGCUUUAUGAAUAGGAGAACUCUCCUAUAAAAUCUCCUAAAAUGAAUAAUCAAGAAAUUUUGAGCAUUUCUUAGAAAUCAAUACAAAAAUAAGAACAAGAUACCUUUAAGUAAAGAGAUUCAAGCAGUGAAUUAUCUAUCGACUAAAAUGAAUGUUUAUCACCCUCCGAAGUUAGAAAAGCUCUUAAAAAUGUAAAUGAUAAUUUCAUAAAGGAACUAUCAUAAAGGAGAAAUAUUCGAGACAAAUCUAAAAAGAUGACUUAAACUUUUUAAAGAAACGAGUCCAGAAGAAAAACUUAAAACUUCUACCAGCUUCUAAGUUCUUAAUUAAAUAAAAACAAGUAAGGUGAAAAUCAAGAUCAAAAAAAAGUUAAUUAAAUGCUAUAAUAACCAACUUAUCAAACAGCUUACUAAAAAUUUUUUUAGAAACCUUGCAAUCGAUUGUUAGAUGUAGUAAAUUAAAAAAUAGAAUUAAAUAGCAAUAACAGUAGUGGAAAUUUUAGCUUUUAAAAAUAAGAAAGUGUACCAUAGUUUUAAAGUUAACUUAAGUCUAGUUUCUCAAAUUUAAAUAGCCCAUCUACUAAAUAUUCUGGUUUAAAUUUAACAGUAAAAAAUAAUUAAAAAAUUUUCCCAAAAAGUGACUAUGGCCAAAGCAGGAAAAACUAAGACUUGGCUUAAAUUGUAGACUUAAUGAAUUAAACGUAAGAUUCAAUUAAAAUGGUGUAAGAAAAUAUGGAAUAAAUGAAUUACUUAAACUCUCAAGAAUCAUAAAAUGGAUAUCUAAAUGCAUUUAAUAAUACGAUUACUAAAAACUUUGAUGAUCAACUAGCCACAUAAAGGUCAUAUUUCAAAGACUUGAAGAAAAAUAGCCAUAGAAAUUUUUAAAGUUAAUUACUACCUUACUUGAGUAAUAAGUAGAGUAGUAGAUAAACAUAAUAUCCUACUAUUGUAAAAUCUGUUUCGAGAUAUAAACCAGAUUCAAAUAUGCAAAAAUAGAUUUCAUACUCUGUUCAUCAUCAGCAAAAUUAUUAAAAAGAAAAUAAUAGUAUGAGGAUUUCAUAAUAUAAAUAAGAUUAGGAGUAAUCAAUCUAAAUAAUAAGCGAUCUUUAAAGAAGUACUUUUUCAACAAAAUACUAAAAUAAAAUGAUCCAAAAUAAAAUUUUUAAUGAAAAAUAAGUAAAAUAAAUUUAAAAAGACAUUAAUCAUCUACGAGUGAGAUCUCUAAAUAUUUGUUUGAAUUAGCAAUAAGAUCAAUUUUAUUAAUUAUAAUUCUAAAGUUCGACUUAAUCACCAAAAAUUUAACAAAUACUAACACCAAUAAAUUUUAAAAGAAAUUAAAAAAUAUAAACAGUACUACCAUAAUUAGAUUUAAAUUAGAAUAAUAUACCUACAAAAGAUGAAGAGAGAUUAUCUUAUGGGAUAUUAAAAAGAUUAAAUUAAAAGAAGCCAACAGUAAACAUAAAAUUUGAAAUUUGA